ACUCCGCGCUCUUCGGUCUUAGUCAGAAAGAAAGGAAAAAAAAAAGAGACAAAAAGCUCCGCCGUUCGGACGAGACACGACGACCGGCGUUGCCACGCUCUCGGCCGCACCGCAUGCCGGCUCCCGCCACGCUCGCCACCUUCAACGCCCUCGUCGCCUCGCUCGCGCGCUCCGGCCGCCCCUCGCUGGCGCUCCUCGCCUUCCGUGACAUGCUCGCGCGGGGCUUCCCGCCCGACCACUUCACCCUGCCCCCGGUCCUCCGCAGCUGCGCGCUCACCGGCUCCGCCGCCCUGGCCGCCUCCUCGCACGCCCUCUCCGUCAAGCUUGGCGCCCACGGAAACCUCUUCGUGGCGUCCGCGCUCGUGCAGUGCUACGCGGGCAUGCCCAACCUCCCCGACGCGCGGAGGCUGUUCGACGGAAUGCGCGAGAGGGAUGCCGUUCUGUGGACGUCCAUGCUGUCCGCGUACGCGCAGGGUGGGCAGCCAGAGGAGGCUCUGCGGCUGUUCCAGGGGAUGGUGGUGGCCGAGGUGCAGCUGGAUGCGGUGGUCAUGGUCAGCCUUCUUCUCGCGUGUGGCCAGCUCGGGUGGCGGCGCCAUGGGAGAAGCGUGCACGCAUGCUGCGUCCGGAUGUUCCUGGGGAUGCCGCUGUCUCUGGGGAACGCGCUUGUGGACAUGUACGUCAAGUGCGGCGAGCUUGAAUCCGCCGAAUGCGUAUUUUCUGCGAUGCCCAGGCGGGAUGUUAUCUCGUGGAGUGCUCUGAUUGUUGGCCAUGGUUUGAAUGGGCGUCCUGAUGUUGCUCUGAGGCUCUUUGAUGAAAUGGUGGCCAAAGGAGUGGAACAGAACUCAGUCACCUUUCUUGGUGCCCUGUCGGCCUGUGCGCAUUCAGGCAUGGUGGACAAAGCGUAUGCUAUAUUCGAGCAGAUGAAACAGCGGGGCAUCAAGCGUGAGCUUAAGCAUUACUCUUGCAUGGCUGAUGCGUUAGGGAGGGCAGGCCGUGUUCUUGAGGCAGUAAAUCUCAUAGAGGAAAUGCCUUGCCAGCCUGACGAGGCUAUCCUUGGUAGUGUGUUGGCAGCUUGCCGAGUGCAUGGUGAAAUGGACGCUGCUGAACGGAUUUCAAAGAGAUUGAUGAGCAUGUCUCCUGCAAAGAGCGGCUACUACAUGAGCUUGGCAAACAUAUAUUCAGAUGCUGGAAGGUAUGGUGAUGCAGAGAGAAUAAGAGGCUUCAUGAAGGAAGUUAAAGUCGACAAGCUUCCUGGAUAUAGUUCAGUUGAACUCGAUGUUUCUGUCUCUGAAUCAAAAAAUGUAUAAUUAGUUCCAUAUAGUGCGCAAUGGAUUUUGAAGCAUUUGAGCUGUUUGGCAAGCCUGGUGGCAUACACUCAGUGCAGUGUAUGCUUUGAAGAAAAAUAUAGGCACCUGGUGGAUGGGAAGUGCAAAUGAGAUGACUUGGCAACUCAACAAGACAGUUUUUGGGGAGGAUUAUAACAUUACAGAGAGAUGCUGAGUUAGUGCACUCAUAGUGGAAGUGUUUGAUUAUGACAUUAGUGACAUGGUAGUUGCUGAGUUAGUAUUGUCAAGUUGUGAAGUGUCAAGAGGUGCGGGGAAGGCAUUUCUUCGAGCAGACAAGGGCAGGCCGUGUUCUUGAGGCAGUAAAUCUCAUAGAGGAAAUGCCUUGCCAGCCUGACGAGGCUAUCCUUGGUAGUGUGUUGGCAGCUUGCCGAGCGCAUGGUGAAAUGGACGCUGCUGAACGGAUUUCAAAGAGAUUGAUGAGCAUGUCUCCUGCAAAGAGCGGCUACUACAUGAGCUUGGCAAACAUAUAUUCAGAUGCUGGAAGGUAUGGUGAUGCAGAGAGAAUAAGAGGCUUCAUGAAGGAAGUUAAAGUCGACAAGCUUCCUGGAUAUAGUUCAGUUGAACUUGACGUUUCUGUCUCUGAAUCAAAAAAUGUAUAAUUAGUUCCAUAUAGUGCUCAAUGGAUUUUGAAGCACUUGAGCUGUUUGGCAAGCCUGGUGGCAUACACUGCAGUAGUGCAGUGUAUGCUUUGAAGAAAAAUACAGGCACCUGGUGGAUGGGAAGUGCAAAUGAGAUGACUUGGCAACUCAACAAGACAGUUUUUGGGAGGAUUAUAACAUUGCAGACAGAUGCUGAGUUAGUGGAUUCAUAGUGGAAGUGUUUGAUUAUGACAUCACCGACAUGGAGUUGCUGAGUUAUUGUUGUCAAAUUGUGAAGUGUCAAGAGGUGUGGGGAAGGCAUCUCUUCGAGCAGACAAGGACAGAAUUCAAGAGGCUGAUGAAACAGCACAUGAUGAUCACAUACAGGAAGCACAGACUCCUCCUACGUGUACUUCAGGUCUUCAGUCAUGAGAGAAUAUAUGCCUCGUGCUUGAUGAGUUGUCAAUGUAAUGAGGUUCAAAUAGCUUCUGAAACUGACACAGGAUUAUCAUCAAAUAUGUGAGCAUCUGACUAGCAAGGUGUAAAUUAAGAUUGGUGUUGUAUUCACAGGAAAGUCUUUAAGAAAAUGCGCUGGUACUACUGGCAACUGGUAAGGCUUAUUCGCUCGUAGAAUUUCUCUGUUCAAAAUAUGAUCUUACGAUGGAACGGGACUACCAAAAGGAACGCAAUGUGGUUUCUAUUGGCCAUGUCAAUGAUUGAUUCGGUAAUGGAGAUUUUGUUCAAACUCCAUAGUAUCAAGUGAUUCUUAAGUCUUAACUAGGAAAAGGUCCAUAUUACCCACCCAAUGACGAUGCCAUGGACCUAGGGUAGGGUUACAGGCCUGACCUUGACACCCUACCCAAAGUCACUACCCUAGGGUCAAGAACAUUCAAAGUAUAACAAAGGAUACCGACUGAAGUAACCUUGGAGUGCAAUCCACUCGACCAAUUAUCCCACUCGGAUACCCCAAUUCCAUUCGACCAGGAUGAAGUCACUCGACCAUACAAGAAACCGCUCGGAGUACAUAAAAUCUAAAGUCACUCAGGAUGGCAACGGUCAGGCGUUCACUCUGUAGUCUAAAGGU